AGCUUCCCUUCUUCCUCUGCGUUUGCCCAGAAAGAUCCUUUAACCCGAUCAACCCUAAACCCUAAUCGUUUGUAGCAAGCAACAGCGAAAUCGCCUCCAUACGCCGUGGAUUUCUGAGGGAACACUUAGAUGGAUAACAACAAUUGGAGGCCUUCCGGAGACCAACAGAGACAACUGUAUCAAUCCCAAGGAACCCUCCCGGAGAUGCCAUCAUACUCCACGGCACAGACGGAAUGUGGAAAUGCGGUUGAUUGGCAAGAGGAGGUUUUCCAAAAGGUUGUUUUCUUUUUUUUUCUAAUUUGGAUCAAAACUAUACAAGCAGCGUACUUACCAGAUCUUGUCGAAAUCUAUCGGAGAGCUGCAGCCAAGGUGCAGCAAAUGGACUCUGUUCCGCAGCAAAGAAGAUCAGAGCAGUUUGAGAAAUUGAAACAAUUCAAGGCAGCGGUGGAGCGAAUGAUACAAUUCCUUUCGGUGUCAAAGAGCAAUAUCAUACCUGCAUUAAAGGAUAAGGUGGCUAUUUAUGAGAAACAGAUUAUAGAUUUGGUAAAUAUGCUAAGGCCGAGGAAUCCAGUACAGCAAGGGCAGCUUCCGGAAUCUCAGAUGCAGCCUAUCCAGCAACAAUCAUCUCGUGGUAUGUUUUCUUCUCAAGGCCAACAACAGUCACAAAAUCAGCCAUCCCAGCAGCAGAUGAUGCCCCUUCAGUCGCACCGUCAGCAGUUACGUUUGCAAGAACAAUCUAAUCUGCUACAGCAGGACGUGCAACAAAGGCUACAGUCUUCAGGCCAAGUCACAGGUUCCCUGCUUCCACCUCAAAAUGUAGGGGACCAACGGAGACAACUAUAUCAAUCACAAAGAACCCUUCCAGAGAUUCCCUCAGCAUUUUUAGACUCCAUGGCACAGACGGAAAGUGGUUAUGGGGUUGAUUGGCAAGAAGAGAUUUUCCAAAAGAUCAAAACUUUGAAAGAUGCGUACUUCUCAGAUCUUACAGAAAUCGACCAGAGAGUUGGAGCCAAGUUGCAGCAAUAUUCUCUUCCGCAGCAACAAAGAUCAGAGGAGUUUGAGAAAUUGAAACGAGUCAAGACAAUGUUGGAGCGAAUGAUACAGAUCAUAUCGGUUUCAAAGAGAAAUAUCAUGCCUGCAUUAAAGGAAAAGGUGGCUUUUUAUGAGAAGCAGAUUAUACUUUUCGUAAAUGUGUACAAGGGGAGUAAGCCAGUACAGCAAGAGCAGCUUCCGGAAUCUCAGAUGCAGCCUAUGCAGCAACAAUCAUCUCCGCACGGUAAUCUUGCCGUAAACAGAGGUGACUGGAGAGCUCUACAUCCACCAGGUUCACGCCAGAAGAAUGUCAACACGCUAUUGGAAACACUGAAGAAACAUGUUCCAUAUUCUGGGGAAGAAGGAAUCGAAGAGCUCAUGAGAAUUGCUGUCAGUUUCGAGGAGUUAAUUUUCAACACCGCAAAAGAUCAGAUGGACUACUUUUGCAAAAUAUCCUUGAAGAUGCAGAGUAUGGAAGAGGGAAGCUAAGCGAAAUAAGAGGGGGAAGGCAAGUUUGCAUGUACAUAUUUGUAUAUAAAAAAGCAACCUGCAAGAGUUUAAAAAGAAAGGCAUGAAUAAACAUGUUAAGUGUUAUUACCUUUGAAGUGGUUUCUUGUUUCUUAGUAUCGGUAGCAAUGGGAAAAAACCUUUCUUUUUUUGGUCGAAACGAAAACUAAUAGAGUUGUCACUUAUAAA